AUGUGUUGUUUGAUCUUGUUAUCCGUCAUUUGCAUCAUCGGCGUCACGUUGUUCGUCUUCCGGUCCACUCGACCUAAGAAGAUGCUCGAUCCGACAGGUCGCGCGGUGGUCGUCACCGGAUGCGACACCGGGUUCGGGCACGCCAUCGCCAAGCGUUUCGACGAGGCGGGGUUCACUGUGUUUGCUGGAGUACUGUACCCAGAGAAGGCUGGAGCCAUGAAGCUCCGUGCAGAGGGUUCGGAGAGGCUCCAUGUGAUCCACAUGGACGUGACCAAGGAUUCCCAGGUGCAGGAGGCUGUUGACUAUGUCCAGAAGCACCUUCCUGAUCCGGACAAGGGUUUAUGGGCCGUUGCUAACAAUGCCGGAAUUUCUUGCUUUGGUCAAGCAGAGUGGUGCACUGUUGAUAUGUUCAAACGAAUCGCUGAUGUCAAUCUAUGGGGAACCGUCCGGGUGACAAAUGCCUUCACGCCACUCGUUAGGAAAUCUAAAGGUCGAAUCGUGAACAUUGGUAGCGUGCUGGCACGCCAGGGUACUGCAGGCUUCGCCCAUUACUCCAUCAGCAAACAUGGCGUCGAGGCCUUCUCCCAAUGCCUGCGCUACGAGCUCCGAAACUUCGGUGUUCGCGUCAGCAUCGUCGAGCCCGGCAACUUCAUGGCCGCCACCAACAUCUACACCAACGAGAACAUCGACGGCGUCCGUGACGAGCUCUGGGCGAACAUGAAAGACGAGCAGAAGACUGUCUUCGAAAAGGACUUCAAUAGCAUGGUUGACAUUGUUCGGUUCUCAAGGACAAUAGGUUCGGCGGACACGUCGCCUGUGGUAGAUUGUUUUCUGGAUGCGGUCUUGAACGAGAGUCCGCGGGUAAGGUACGAACCGAAGGACUUAUACUGGACGAUCCGUACACUCAUCUUGGCGCAUUUUCCUGAAGAGAUUUCAGAUCUUAUAUUCUAAUGUCGUUGUCGACCCCUAUCGUCGAGUUCUACUUAGAAAUUUGAAUAGGAUGUUUUGCUGCUGUUGCUGUUUCAUUAAAAAGUACAAGAUCAGAAUGGAGGAGAAGGAAGAAGAUUUGUUUACAAAGGAAACGUCAUGCUACGAGUACGAGGAGAAGCAAAUUAGGAGAUUUGUUGAACAGUUGAAGGCACAGUCUAGAUAGAGGAGAACGAGCAUAAUAUUAGUAGAACAUUUAGUAGAAAGAAGCAGCUAUGAGAAUAACGAACUCCGCUAUUGUGAAUGGUGAAGGGUUAUAGGUAUACAAAUAGACACGUUCGGUGAUUUGUUAAAGAUUUCAUAUCGGGUUUCAUCUCAGAGGACUCCAAUAAUCAAAGUUGUUAAUUGAUGGCUUUACAUUGCAAAGCUGGAGUACUCAUUUCAAAGUGCUGCUAAAACUUUGAAUACUAUCAGGACGUUUGUGACUGUGUAUAUUCUCUCAUGUUUCAUCUAUAUCCUUAUUUUAUUUGCUAUAAAAAUGAUGCCUUGGGAAAUUUCUUCUGCAUGUUCAGUUGAAAAAUUAAAGAUAAGGCUCAUGAUGGGAGAUCAAAUGCGUGUGACAUUGUGAAUGUUUAAUUUAGAGUCCCAGUAAAAAAAAAGAAUAGCACUAAGAUUUGAUUUGAUAUAUAAGUUACUAGUAUGUAUAUUUGUUUUCAAUUGAACGACGGGAGUAGUUCCGAUAUGCUCAUAAGGGGAUGUCCCCUGCAGUAGACCAUCAGCCCCGGCCACGAGACCGACUAUGCCGGUCUGACGAACACUAAGUAAAGUUGUCAGAAGACCUGUGAGAUCCACGUGGUCUCGUGAACCCCGAGAUAUUUUUCAGAAGGCCCAUCGAUCUUGUUGACAGUCGCGACGGUCUCGUAGACUGUCGGUCUGUUUCGUGAACUGUUGCCGUCGAUAUUAAAGCGUUCAUCUUGCGUAAGAGAGUAGUAGUCUAGUAGAUAUAAACUUGGUGUAGGUAGACGUUUUAGAUGACAACUACAGUCUUCCAGUUAUUCACAUUAAGUCUAUCUCUGCAAAUGUAUCAGUUGGUGUGUACCAAUAUUGGGUCCCUGUUUUGCUGUAUCUACCUCUAUACUAGUGAACUAGGCAUCCAUUGUACAAAUUAUGUCUUUACCUACAUCCAUUAUUGAAUCAAAUAUUUACCGGUAUAUCAAAGGUUUAUGCGUCUUUCCCAAUGUCUUAUCGUUAAUUCUUCUCAUUGGUUUUGAAAUUUCAUGUCAUUUAUAAUUUCAAAAUAUUAAUUCCUCACUCUAUGUAUCCCGUUCACAUUUCUGUUCUCAGCUCAGUGCAUCCGCUUAACAUGCUCAAAGUUAUGACUCAUUAAUUGUGUAAGUUAUAAGUGAACGGUAAAAUGAACGCAUCGUGUAUGAAUAUAUCUUAAAUUGAUUGAAAACUCGUAUAGUCAGGUCUCAAGUAAAGUGAUUCACAUUUUGUCAGUAAAAGGUUCAUUUGUUUGUAUUAUUUUGUUUCCUAAAAACACGUAGAUGCGAAAAUCACACAAUAUUUUUGGGGUGACUGAUUUCUCAUUUUCGAUCUCUUUUGUUGUUUUUGUUUAUUUUUUAUGUCAAUAGACCAGGUGGAAAAUCAAUAAGCUGAACAUUGAUCAAAAGCAAAAGCCUAAAAAAUUUGAAUACAAUGACAGGUGAAUAUUGGCUAAAAGCAGCGGCGUCAAUAAACCAACUUGAAUUAGACAGGGGAGGGGGCGAAAUGUUAGAAGAUAUUUAUUUAAUAGCUGAACAUUUUAGAAAACCGGAAUGAAUAUCAGAGUCUUAAAUUCCCAACAGGGGUAAAAAUUGUUCGUCAGAUUUGCCAUCAGGUGUUCAAAAAAGAGAAGCAGAGAGGUCAUUAAUUUUUGAGAUUUUGUCUACACCAUAUACAAAUGCUGUAUUCACCGAUAAAAUGUUAUAAUGGGGGGGAUUCGUACCCUCUCCCCUCAUCUAGACACUGUCCUGGUAGAUGGAAACACGAUAGAAGUAGAUAGGGUUAGAAAAUGAUCACUUUCACUGUAGAAUAUUAUUUUAUGAUUUUGAGCUACUUUUCAUAUCGCUUUAUUUGUAUUACAUACAUGAUCGCAAACAGUUACCCCGAAUAGAAUAGAUUAUUCACAUGACAUGAUCAAAUUGUUUAAACAUUAUUUGAUA